UUCAUGCUGUUUCCCGAGCGUGAGGCGGACACACGUCUCCCGAGGGACACGGAGCCACACAGGUAAAUGCUCUCGGGUAGCAAGCUAGCACAAGUGCGUUUAUUUAGCAAGCUAAGGCAGGAAAAUACACACAGGGAGCAGCGUAGCACAGAAGUCAACACAGAACGACAACAAGAUCGAAAACAGGAACAAGCACUGAGCUUACCAGGGCACGUCAAACAUCCAGUCUGAAAGACUUGUACUAGGGAGAGUAGCUAGGUCUGGGGGACAUUUUCAAUUCAGAGGACUCCCAGACCAUUUGGAGGACUUUGGUGUCUAACAUGUAAUUACAUCCUGGUAGACUAGCACAGAUAAAUACAAAAAAAAGCAGGAUAUAACAGGUACAUUCUCUCAUGGAAAAAGCUACUAAAGUAAGAAGCAGAUGUAGUACUGUUGUUAAAAAAUGACCUGUUCCUCAUUCGGAUGGUAACAUCAACUGUUGCGACACAAUUAUCUGCAAUCGUACGUCAGUGAACUGAUUUCUUGUCAGGUCGGCAUAUGCUCCCGGGGCCUUUACUACGAAGCAGGAUUUUGGGGUUAGUGAGCUAACUUCAGAUUUAACCCAGUCACGGUUGCCAUAGUAACCUCUAUUACAUACCUAGCCUGCUCUGGGACAGGUUAGGUUCAAGAUGACAGAUCAAAACGAAUAAAAUAACCGCCUACUGACCAAUCAUUUAUCUUACGAAUUAACACCGCCAGAGUUGCAGCAGAAAGAAUGACGCAAAUAUUGAUUUACACGCCAUAAGAAUACAUCGAGUAACUCAUAGAUUUAAUGAAAUACAAAGUUGUGAUUCCAGUAAUCUACGCGUGCCUUAAUGAUAGGGCAGAGAUAUUGAUAAGGCGUUAUUUUUUGCCCGCUUUCCUUCCUGGUUUUUGCUGUGAAUGAGUUGCAUUUACCCUGUAUUAUAUAUUUGAAUUCCUCAUAUUUGUUAAGGAUUAUUAUUUGUUCUUGAGUGAAAUAUGCGGCUCUAGACCUUUCCACGUCUGCGAUUGGUCAUCUGGUGCCAACCCGUUUACGUGAGCGCGCUCAUGGCUAGAAUGGAAAACCUGGGCUGACUUGACGAGUUGAUAGCCACCGGCGUGGCAUUGCUUACCUGUGACUGCGGUUGUUCGGGUCUGUCAAGCCAGCUAACGAAAAGUUACUCUGGGUAUGUCGAUCUUACUUUGUAGUUAGUAUAAGCCCUAGGAGUGGGUUUAAAACAAAAAGAAAACAGUUAACUAGAAAACAAUUGACAGUUAAGGACCAGCUUUCCUUAAUUAGCCUUUUCUAAUUCUAAUAUUUUUUAUUUUGGCUGGUUAUAAUAGAAGCACUAUUUCCCUAAUGUUAACUACUACAUAGAGUGAUGAAAGAGGAAAUGCUCACCCGACUGCUUUUAUAGCCAGGGGCAACCUCUGCCAUCACAUGGGGAAACAGGUGGCUCUCACAACUGAUUUGGGAAAAGGGAAGUUUAGUGAAAGUGGGCGGGGUCUACAAUCACAAUGGCAUGCUUCAGGGCAAUGGUUCUGCACCUUGAUUCAAUACAAGAGAAAUGGGGAGGAAGAGGAUAUAGCAGGAUGAGAUAGAGCAAGGAGGAGAGACCGAGCACAGACACCUGUGUGAACAGGUGACAGUGAAUAUGAAGGUUAGGGAGGAAUGCACAGUGUAUCUGCAGCCUGUGAAGAAUGGAGGGGGAUACGUGCGGAUAUCACUGGAAGAGGUCGAGAGCUACUACCGUUUCUGUGUGUCCUGUGACCAGCUGAACUAUGAGAUCAUGCAGCAGGAUAGCAGCCCUCUGUGUGCUGCUGACAUCGGGCUUGACCUCAGGAAGCAGUUUGCCUUCCUGUCAGGAGGCAGAGGGGAGAAUGGCAGCCCCAUCAUCAUCUUCCCGGAGUUCCCCACAUUUGGGGAGCUUCAGGAGCAGGAGUUCCACAACGUCCUCACCUACCUGACCAGUGUCCCCAGCCUCUCGGCAGCAGCGGUCGGAUUCAUCUUGGUCAUCGACCGGCGUCAGGACAGAUGGUCGUCGGUGAAGGGGACCCUGCUACGCAUCGCGGGCUCUUUCCCAGGAAACCUUCAGCUUGUUUUGGUUUUGAGGCCCACUACUCUUUUACAGCGGACACUCUCCGACAUCUUCUUUAAGUUCAGCAAGGAUGAGUUCAAAAUGAAGGUGCCGGUAAUAAUGCUCAGCUCGGUGACUGAGCUCCACAGCUACAUUGAUCGGACUCAGUUGACCCAGGAGCUGGGUGGUACACAAGAGUACUGCCAUGAGAAGUGGAUCUCCCAUCGUACGGCUAUAGAGGGCUUUGCGUUGAUGGUGAAGAAGACUGCCCAGACGCUGCAGUCAUUCGGCACAGAGCUGGCUGAGACGGAGCUGCCCAAUGACGUGCAGGCCACAGCCAACCUGCUCAGCACACACUCCAGCAAGAAAGACAAGAUGAAGGAGGAUCUAAAGAUCGCGCUUUGUCAAGGUGGCCGUCUUCUAGAAAGCAUCAAUGAGCCACUAGUCACAGACGCCGACUACACUAUGAACCAGGACGAGAUGGAGAACCUUGCUACUGUGCAGAGGCUGCUGGGUCAGCUGGACGAGACGGAGACAGCGUUUGAUGACUUCUGGGAGCGCCACCACACCAAGCUGCAGCAGUGCCUGCAGCUCCGUCACUUUGAGCACAGUUACAGAGAGAUUCGCUCCCAGCUGGACCUGAUGGGAGACAGACUGACGGGCUUCUCGGAGGUGGGCAUAAGCCCCGCCCACGCGGAGCACAUCCACAAAGAGCUCACCUGUCAAGAAGAGCGCACCUGCGAGGUGCUGGACCGUGCACUGGCCCUGGCCGCUGAGGGAGACCAGCUCAUUGAGAGCUCCCACUACGCUGUUGACUCCAUCUUGCCCAAGUGCUCUGAGCUGCGCACCAUCAGCGAGGAGAUCAGCUCCUUCAUGAGGGCCAAGAAGACCCAUCUACUCAAGUGUCUGGAGCUGCACCAGAGCCUGGAGAAGGCCACCAGGUGGUGUGAUAGUGGCAUCUACCUGCUGGCCUCUCAGCCGGUGGACAAAUGUCAGUCACAGGAUGGGGCGGAGUCAGCCCUACAGGAGCUGGAGCGUUACCUGGAGACAGCCAACCAGAGCAAGCUGACUGACCCCGGCUCCAUCUGGAGAGACUAUGAGAGCGUGCUCAACGUGGAGUUCAGGGAGCAGGUAGAAAAGGUCCUGCAGAAGCAGGUGUCCAUGCAGGAGAUGUUUGACAAGCGGCGGGUCAGCCUGAAGAAGCUGGCAGCGAAGCAGACACGCCCUGUCCAGCCGGUGGCUCCGCGGCCAGAGGCCUUCCCCAAGUCCCCCAUGUCCUCUCCAGCUCACAGAAGCCAGGAGAAGAGCGGCUCUGAUGGAGAGAUCCUGAGUGUGUGUAAGAAGGACCCCAGCCUGCCCAACGGGACCGACAGCAGACCCCCAUCUCUGUCAGAGGAGGAGGAGAACCUGGCUGUGCUCCGGAGGCAUGUGAUGAACGAGCUGCUUGAGACUGAGAGAGCAUACGUGGAGGAGCUGCUGUGUGUCUUACAGGGCUAUGCAGCAGAGAUGGAGAGCCCAGCCAUGGCGCAUCUGAUGCCCAGCCCCCUCGUCAAUAAGAAGGACGUUCUGUUUGGAAACAUGCCUGAGAUCUACCAGUUCCACAAACGGACGUUCCUUCGAGAGUUAGAGGCAUACACAGACUGCCCUGAACUUGUGGGACGUUGCUUCCUGGAGAGAAUGGCAGAUUUGCAGAUCUAUGAGAAGUACUGCCAGAACAAGCCCCGGUCAGAGAGUCUGUGGAGGCAAUGCUCCGACUGCGCCUUCUUCCAGGAAUGCCAAAAGAAGUUGGAGCACAAGUUAGGCUUGGACUCAUACCUGCUCAAACCAGUACAGAGGAUCACUAAAUACCAGCUCUUACUGAAGGAGCUGCUUAAAUACAGUAAGGGCUGCGAAGGCUCAGAGGACCUGCAGGAGGCGCUCUCCUCCAUCCUGGGCAUCCUGAAGGCUGUUAACGACUCCAUGCACCUCAUUGCCAUCACAGGAUAUGAGGGCAACCUCACUGACCUGGGAAGGCUGCUUAUGCAAGGCUCUUUCAACGUGUGGACAGAACACAAGAAAGGCCAUGCCAAAGUCAAGGACCUGGCCCGCUUCAAGCCCAUGCAGAGGCACCUGUUCCUGCACGAGAAGUUCCUGCUCUUCUGCAAAAGAAGAGAGGAGAAUGGGGAGGGCUAUGAGAAGGCACCCUCCUACAGCUUCAAGCACUCACUCAAUAUGAGUGUGGUGGGCAUCACCGAGAAUGCCAAAGGAGACAACAAGAAGUUUGAGGUCUGGUGCAACUCCAGAGAGGAGGUCUACAUCGUACAGGCCCCGACGGCAGAGAUCAAAACAAUCUGGGUGAACGAGAUCAGAAAGGUUCUCACGGAGCAGCUGAGGGCCUGCAGAGAUGCCAGACUGCCGAAGACUUCAGACCAGGUGUCUCCAUUGCCUGCUGCCAACAGUGGACCAAUCAGUUUGAGCCCUUUCAAGAGCAAUCAGAAGAGUCUAAAGAAGGGUGAGGAGAAGAAGACCGAUUCAGCAGAGAGCAACACUGGUUCCUCCCCUAAGUCCACAGACAAGACUAAAGAGGACACAGUCACCAGUCCCACCACAGACAGGGCGGCCGCUGCUAAAAAGCGCUUUACCCUUCAGGGAUUCAGCAACCUCAAGAGCCAGAAAGACCUGCUAUCACAAGAAGGGAAAAGUCAGACCCUCCCCAUGGCGAUUGUCAGCCCACCAGGACCCCUUAGUCCCGACCACAAACCCAAGCGCCAUGAGAUUAAGAGUGACCCAACCCCGUUUGGCUUUAGAGACACAGGUCAUCCCAUUAGCCUGAGUCGAGUGCGAUGGCUGAGCACCUCCAGCCUCCUGCAGGCCAAGAGGAGAGGCUGGACUAAGGCAUCCCUUUCCAUGGAUGCCUCCGAGGAGCAUGAUGGCUACUCGAGCGCUGAGGACCCCUUGAACUCUGACCCUGAGGAUGAGGGGGUCAAGAAACUGGCUCCAGGCAAGUAUGUGGUGGCGGCUGACUAUGAGAAGGGAGGCCCUCAAGACCUGAGUGUGAAGAAUGGAGACAUGGUCCAGCUGGUGAAGGAGGGGGAGGAUGGACAGUGGUUUGUUAAAAACCUCAAGACCAACAAAGAAGGCUGGUUACCUGCUGCUAACCUCCUUACAUUAAUAGGAGAGUCAAAAUCCUCACAAUCUCUUACAAGUUCAGAGGGAAGUGGUUCGGGGAACCUGAGUACCUCCUCUAGCUGCAGUGAGACCUACACAAGCUUCUCCGACAUCAAGCCCUGAGGCCUGCUGAGAUCCUGCGCUGUGGCGCCCCCCUCUGGCCUCUCUUAUGUGUGCAUUUCUCUGCUGUGACUGCUGAUCGCUCUGCAGUAGUGGAAUUACAGAAUUAUUACAUGGUGCAGUGGGUCAUUUCCAACUGUUCUUGGCGUGACUGGAUCACUGGAGUUCACAACGCAUCCCCUCUUGGACUCUCAGAGAGAGAGAGAGAGAGAGAGAGAGAGAAAGAAAGAAAGAAAGAGAAAGAGAGAGAGAGAGAGAGAGUAGCCCAGCAUUCAUCACAAGAGACAGCACUUCCUGAAAGUAUUCUUUCCAAAUGCUAGUUUUACUGGUCCAUUUUAAUUUUUCCAUUAUACUAUGAAUAAAAUGUAUUUUAAAAAUGUCUCUUUCCAUCUUGGGAACAGAACAAUGUACAUUUAGAUGUUCUCUAGUUGAGAAUGAAUCAGAGUCCCUAAGUGUUACUAUGACAAUGAGUAUAGACUAACUCUUCAUUUGUCUCUCUCCAGUAUGUAUCCACUGCACAGAAGAAAAACAAAACUGCGACUGUAUCAUGUCAGAUGUCAGACAUCUUUGACUCAUUGUUCAGCACAGAGUGAAACCUUCAUUCAUUCACAAAAAAUAGAGCUCAUUUGCCAAUGUAAUACGUGGAGACAGUUAUGUGUUGUUGAACACUGAUAAGACUGUUGAGUUAUGUUCAGUCUCUUAUUGAUGAAAAUACUGUGAACAGUCUCUGUUUCCUAUGUGUAUUAAUGAUGAACAGGUGUAAAGUUUAAAUUAUUUACUGCAAUAAGAAUAAAAUGUGUACAGAUAUUUUGAAAUUUACCUCAUUUUCCCAUGAAAACAUAAAUAUAUAUAUAUAUAUAUAUUGUAUAUUCAGAUCUCAAUGGUUAUGUUCUCAUGAAUCAUUGUCUUGAAUUAUUUGUAAAGUUUCUAUCAUUUUCAAAGUCUACAUUGUUCUGUAUCCCAUUUUCCAUGCCUGCACAUGAACCUGUAAUCUGUCCACAAAUUAUUUUUUCAGAAAUCUCAUCUGAGGAAAUGUAAAUCCACAAUGCAUUAUUUUAAGGAGGGUUUUUAAAACAAUCUAAGCAUGCACCAACAAUCUCAAUAUUUUUUAAAUGCAACCAGCUGAUUAUCAGAGCCCCCUGAAAUCUGAGGCAUUUCUGAAAGAUGUAUAGUCAAGCAAAACAAUGUUUUUAACAAAGGCAGUAUAAGUAGUUUUUGAAAACAUUUAGUUUAUUUAUAUCAAACAUUUCAUUUCAUUUGGUUUUUCACCAAGAAGUAUUGUGUUACUGUGUACCACAAUCGAUGCAGCACAUUGCCGCAUGUGUCUCUUUUCCAGUGGCAGUGGUGCCCCUGCUGGUCUGAAUGAUGCAUACAUGUCUAUGUAUAUGUGUAAAUAUGUAUUUAAGACGUUGAGAUGUAUGAAGAAAAAUUAAGCUUGAAUAAAGUCCACAGAAACAUUAUACUAACUUUGAAA